AUGCCGACAUUCGGAUCUUCGUCGUCGACGCAUGCAAGCCAUGAUGGUACCACCAAACCCAAGGUUUCAAGCCGAAUCAAGCAACUCUUCCGUAUAAAGCCCUCAUCAUCCUCCGGACGUCGUCAACUUCUCGACUCAUCCUCUGUCUCGACUGGCGAAACAGAUAACCACUCGCCCACUAUCGUCUCGAACCCGUACUUCCAGCAUCAAGGUGCACCGGAACACGAGAACGGCACAGCGAACGGAGCGGCGCCGAAACCGAAGCGGAGUCCGACUGAGACGAGUGAGAUGGCGAGAAGAUUACGGCGUGUUGCGAGUGCGCCGAAUGCGCAACAGCUGAAGAAUGGACAGGUUGUUGAUGAGAAGGAGAGGGAGAGGCCGGCGAGUACCGGUCUUGGGAAGGUAUUGGAUAAAGACCAGUUAGUGUCCAGCAUGCUCGAGCCACCGAAUUCCAACAGCAGUUCCGACCCGUUGAGCGAGUCGGCUGUUACCGAGUCUCUUGGCUCAGCUGCUGGAUCCGGGACUGGAAGCAGUUUCUUGUUGCCGGUGAAGGACGAACUCGCUCCGCCUGAUUUGAGAGGCAAGAACGGAGCUUUCAGGAGGACGUAUUCGAGUAAUAGCAUUAAGGUUCGGACUGUUGAGGUUGGUCCACAGAGUUUUGAGAAGAUUAAGUUGCUUGGGAAGGGUGAUGUCGGAAAGGUCUAUUUGGUGAGGGAGAAGAAGAGUUCGAGGUUGUAUGCAAUGAAAGUGCUGUCGAAAGCCGAGAUGAUCAAGCGCAAUAAGAUCAAGCGUGCGCUUGCUGAGCAGGAGAUCUUGGCGACGUCGAAUCAUCCGUUUAUUGUUACGCUUUACCACUCUUUCCAGUCUGACGAGAACCUCUAUUUCUGUAUGGAGUAUUGUGCGGGUGGAGAGUUCUUCCGUGCACUACAAACUCGGCCGGGCAAGUGUAUCCCGGAAGAUGCGGCGAGGUUCUAUGCGGCGGAGGUUACUGCCGCGUUGGAGUAUCUGCAUCUGAUGGGUUUCAUCUACCGUGACUUGAAGCCGGAGAAUAUUCUGUUGCAUCAGAGUGGGCAUAUCAUGUUGAGUGACUUUGAUUUGUCGAAGCAAUCGGAGAGUGGUGGAGCACCUACCAUGAUCGUUUCGAAGUCGGGUGCAACACCGCAUUCUCUUCCGGCAUUGGACACGAAGUCUUGCAUCGCGAACUUCCGGACGAACUCUUUCGUUGGAACGGAGGAGUAUAUCGCGCCUGAGGUAAUCAAGGGAUGUGGACACACGAGUGCAGUCGAUUGGUGGACACUCGGGAUCUUGAUCUAUGAGAUGUUGUACGGCACCACGCCGUUUAAGGGGAAGAACCGGAAUAUGACAUUCAGCAAUAUUCUCAGAAACGAGGUUCCCUUCCCCGAACACGCAGGCGCACAGCAAAUCUCUUCCCUCUGCAAAGGUCUCAUCCGAAAACUCCUUAUCAAAGACGAACACAAACGACUCGGCUCCCGCGCCGGAGCGUCCGACGUCAAGUCUCACCCGUAUUUCCGCACGACACAAUGGGCACUCCUCCGACAUCAGCGUGCACCGAUGGUGCCGAAUCAAGCCUCGGGCUCGGAUGCUGUCAAUUUUAGGAGUUUGAAGGAGAGUGAGAGUAUUGAUAUUGGAAGGGGUGUUGCCAUUCCGGGGAGGAAUGGGAGUGCGGGUGGAGAGGAUGAUCCGUUUGAGAAUUUUAACAGUGUCACGUUGCAUCAUGAUGGGGAGUUUGAGGGGUUGGUGGGGAAGCCCGCUGGGGUUAUUGCGUAG